AUGAAGAGCCUAAUCCUUUUGGUAACAAUUUUAGGCCUGUGCGCCGGUAGCUCCAUUCCGCUUGUGCCAGGGGAUAACAGCCAUUAUGUAGAAGGUGAAAGUCGCUAUGUUUGGAUGCCCGAUGGUGAGGGAGUUCCACAGCUUGUAGAUUUACAUGAACCUGUAGACGAGGCUUUUCUUCAAUCAAGAAAUGGUGCAAAUAACCAGUACUGGCUGUUUACUAGGCAAAAUCGCAAUAAUGCUCAAGUAUUAAUAAACGGUAACGCAAACUCCGUACACAAUUCGAACUAUAGAGCAAACCGUCCUCUUAAAGUCAUCGUUCACGGAUGGAACAAUGAUGGUAACUCUCCUAUGAACCCAAUGAUCACUGCUGCAUUUCUCGACACUCAAGAUUGUAACGUAAUUGUUGUUGACUGGAGGCAACUUGCCAACCGAGAUUAUAACACCGCUGCUCGUGGAGUUCCCGAUGUCGGAAACCAUCUGGGACGUUUCAUCCAAUGGGUUUUCAACACAGCUGGUGGGAAUUGGAACAAUGUUCAUUUGGUCGGAUUCAGUUUGGGAGCUCACGUUGUUGGCAACGCUGGCCGUACCGGUGGAGGCCAGGCGAGACGAGUCACAGGAUUGGAUCCAGCUGGUCCUACUUGGGGUGGAAACUCAAAUGCCCUUAAUCGUAACUCUGGCAGAUACGUUGAAGCCAUUCACACGGAUGGUCGUAUUCUUGGAAUUAUGGACUCAAUUGCUGACGCUGACUUUUAUCCCAAUGGUGGUCGGAAUCCUCAGCCAGGUUGCUGGGUGAGCACAUGCUCGCAUGGUCGUGCUAACGAUCUCUUUGCCGCCACCGUUUAUCAUAAUCACUUAGUGGGCAGACGAUGCGGAAAUAUUUGGGAAGCCGAACUUUCAACAUGUAAUGGAGCAACCCUGAACAUGGGUAAUGGAAACCUAUCCAAGAGUGGGAGCGGCCUCUAUGGUUUGCUGACGAGAGCAUCUUGGCCUUUCUAA